AUGUCUCACAAGCACCUCUGGUUUCUUUCCCUCCUCUUCCCUUCGCCACUUUCCUUCCCCAUUCCCUACCCUCCCCCAUUGUUUCCCCUCCUUUCGCUCCCCCUGCCCAUUCCGCCAGAUGCAUGUGCCAUUGGGGAGGCGGACUCUGCCUUUCUGCAGCAGGCGGCAUUCCUCACAGGAGGCCUCUAUCUGCACUCCUCGCGCCCCAACGCCCUUCUCCAAGACCUCCUGCUGGUGUUUGGAGUGGAUCAGUUCUCUCGGGACUUCAUCACAUUGCCUCAGCCAUCAGCCGUGGACUUCCGAGCCUCUUGCUUCUGCCAUAAGCGCCCAGUGGACAUGGGCUUUGUGUGCUCCGUGUGUCUUUCUAUCUUCUGCUCCCCGGCACGCACCUGUGCCACGUGCGGGUAA